AUGGCUUCCGACACUGCGACCGUCAUCGUCCCCUCUCCUCGCCGCAGCUUUAGUUCCACAAUAACUCACGCCGAACAUACUGACACCAAGAAGCAGGAUUUUGCCAGAGAAAACAAAUUCAUCUACCAGCAUGGCUCAAAACUUCAUGCGUAUGGCACGGACAAGGCGCCUUAUCCGGUGUCUUACAACAAAGAAUUCCUUGCCCUGACUGCGAUCGAUCGUGCCCUUUUCUACCAGGUACACAAGGAUGUGUCGUUCAUAGAUUUUCAAGGCCAUCCUCCAAAGCGAUGCUUAGAUCUUGGUACCGGGAUGGGGGAUUGGGUAAUUGAGGCGGCAAGACAUUGGCCAGAGUGUACUUUCGUGGGGUAUGAUUUAGUCAACGUGCAGAUUCCAUUUCAUGCAAUGGAGCUCGAAGUGAGAGGUCGUAUUGAAUGGAAGCAUGGCAAUUUCCUGAGCAACAAGCUUCCGUUCGAAGACGAAGAGUUCGACCACAUUCAUAUCUUCGCAUUAGCAUCGGGGGUGCCUGAAAAUAAGUGGAUGUCAUUGUACGAAGAGUUGCAUCGUGUAUUACGUCCAGGGGGGACGGUAGAGCAAAUGGAAGAAGACAUCAUUUUCCCGCUUCUUCCGCGGUGGUUUACAGAUCCCCUGCGCGCCUAUGCACGUGGGCCAUCCAUGCAUUUCCCAGAUGGCACUCAGCAUUUCUCGCGUAAUUCAUGCGCACAAUCGGAAGAUGGGGAACACGAACAUGAGUUACUGGAGUCCUUGUUUUUCGCCGUCCACGACAAUCGCUUCAUCAAUCGUACGCCCACCUCUCUGCUGCCCAGCUACUUCUCUGCCAUUUUUGGACACGUUCAAUCACCCCCAGCGGUUGAAUUUCCUAUGCCCAUGCUCGCACCUCUUGCACCAUUACCAAAUGAGCUGUCUACUAUGCAAUCCCUGCGCAGCGAAUUUGAAUUAGUCCCUGAGACUUCGUCUAGCAUUUCAUCUUUUCUUUCUCCAGACAACUCGUUUGACAUUGCGUCAACAAUCUCCCCCAUUUCAUCCUCCCAAUCGACGUCCGACAGCUCAGUUACUAGUUCUGCUUCACCACCAUCGUCAGACAAGGGGACAAAAUUAUCCAACGUCGCACCCUCUAUCCUCGAGUAUACUCGUUCAAGCAGUUCGUUCGAUUCUUCUUUAUCGGACAGCGUCUCUAGCUCUAUUAUCUCCUCCAUCACCACUUUAGAUCCCAUCCUCACAAUGAAGGACGAGGGCACGCGUUUGGGCCCAGCCUUCCAGUUGUUCGCGCUUGAUGAACUACAGAAGCUCGACGAGAAUUCGCUGUACAUGCACCUGUUCUCUGCAGUGCGGAGGGUUCUUUCUGUCAAGGAGGCCAUGUGGGAAGAGUUGAUCAACAGGGUCGUGAAGAGAGACGAAUCUCUGCGGAAGUAUGGCUGGACGGCCGCUGACGAUUAUACGGAAGACUCGAGUAGGAGGAAAUUCGAUGCGCUGGUCCAUCAAUAUGACAAGGAUAUGCGUGUCCGAAUAUCAUUAUGGCACUCUCUGGUCAGGUAUGGCUGGGAGUAUCCUCCUCGUGAUCCUCUCUCAAAAGCCGAGGUUAUGGAAGAGGAAAGGAUACGGCAGGAUCUCCUCCGGGCGCGACGAUCUGCGAACGGUGGCGAAUUGAACGCAUGUAGCCGGUGUAUCAGGCUCAUUCUUGGGGAGAAGUCAUCAGCCAGUUAG